GGAUUACGCCGGUAGGUAACCUACUGCUUAUAGAAUAAUCCAAAAUAUAAAAACUACCUCCUAAUGAACCUUCCACUUAUACAUAAAAGUCCCAUCCUGUAAAUAGAUGCGUUAACAAGAUCCCCAUGCACCACCAUGGGCCGAGAAGAGCAAGUCGAAGAACGCGAGGUUCUCGACUCCAUCUUCCCAGAUGAAAUCACAGACAUUUCCGAGACCGAGUACCGCAUAUCCAUAAAACUCGACCUCCCCGACGACAACAACAACGAUGACGAAACCGACGAGCCCCCAACCCUCAUCCUGCACGUGCGGUACCCGGACGCCUACCCCGACGAGGCGCCCAUCCUCGACCUCUCGCCGCCGCAAAACGCCGCCCCGCACCCGCGCUUCUCCGUCGCCUCGGACAAGGCGCAGCUGCUGAGAGGGCUCGAGGGCACGAUCCAGGAGAACAUGGGGAUGGCGAUGGUGUUCACGCUCGUGACGGCGCUCAAGGAGGAGGCGGAGCAGCUGAUCGGCGAGCGGCGCGCGGUCGCGGCCCAGGCGCGCGAGGAGGCGCUGCUGGCCGCGGAGCGCGAGGAGAACAAGAAGUUCCACGGCACGCCCGUGACGCCCGAGACCUUCCUCCGGUGGCGCGAGGGCUUCCUCAGGGAGAUGGAGGAGAAGCAGCGCCGGGAGGAGGAGGAGAAGCUCGCGGAGCUGAAGAAGGCCAAGGUGAAAGAGCCGGUGAGGUUGACGGGCAAGCAGCUCUGGGAGCGCGGGUUGGUGGGUAAGAUUGACGAGGACGACGAUAGUAUUCCCGUCGAGCAGGUUGACAAGCUCAAGAUUGAGGCGUGAGUAAAUAAGGAAGGAGGUAGAUGUGCGGUGGACACAGUAUUACUAUCUCGGGACUAUGGUGAGCACCACUCAUGGGUUUGGCGCAAAUCAGGGAAAAGAAAGCUUGGGGGGGAAAAAAAAAUCAGAGAAUUGCCUCAUUUAUAAACAUGAUAUGGCAUGAUGAA